CGUGACGUCACCGUAUGGGCAGGGUCUCGCGGGGUAUAUUAGGGAAAGUCGCCACUGUUCAGGGUAUUCCCUUGCCCGAUUCCGAAGCACCAUGAACUCGAAGGUCCUUCUUUUCUUGGGUGUUGUUGCCCUUGCAGCUGCUGAUAAAAGGCCAGUCUAUUCUUACAGCCCCACCUCAGGUAUGUUUGCAGACAACGUUUUGUAUUUUCCUUUUCUAUACAUUUUUGAAGCACUUUCAUAUCACCUCGUGAUGACUAGAAUUUCUUACGAAUAUUCCCAGGAAUCUGAAGAAUCCGCCGAAGCCAAGUACGACUUCAACUGGGCCGUGAAGGACGAGUAUUCCGGCAACGACUUCGGCCACCAGGAAUCCCGCGAUGGCGACAACACCCAGGGCUCCUACUACGUCCAACUUCCCGACGGCCGUCUCCAGACUGUUCGCUAUUACGUCAACGGAGACUCAGGCUACGUAGCCGAGGUCUCCUACCAAGGGGAGGCUCGUUACCCCGACUCGGCCGAGUCCAGGGAGUACUCAGCGCCUAGGCCUACAUAUUCAGCCCCAACACCAACUUACUCAGCCCCAAGACCCACCUACUCGGUUCCAGAUUCCGUGGAGGAGUCUCAGGAGUACGAACAGCCACGACCCGUCUACGGAUAAAACCGAAACUAUUCUGACUUUGUCUCGUCGCUCUCAAUGGCUUCUUCUUCUUCGCCUAUAUUUUUGUAAUCUAUGUUGCUUCACUUUUCAGAGAUAUAUUUGAUGUUAUUAGAGGGAAAUAAAGCUAUUUUGUUACGAUU